GCAUUUCCGGUAGUGAAAGGUUGGUGGAAGAUGGCGGACUGAGUGGCUUGACGAUGUAACUGUUGUUGUAUAGAGUCACGGCGAAUAUAGAAACACAUACCUCAAAUAUUCGUCUUUUCUGAAGCCCAAAAGUUGAGUACGGAGUUUUAUCUGAAGAUUGAAGACGUGAUAGAAGAUGGACGACUACUGCUAUGCUAAGAUGGCGACGUCCGCUAAAAGAGAACAUGAAAGAGAAUCAGCGCCACCAACUUCCAGCAAAUCACCAACGGAGAUAAAGACGAAAGAUGAAGAUGUCCAGCAGCUGAUUUGUCACCCAGAAGAAGUUUCCCCACAGUUAGGGGGGAGCUCCACUUUGAAGCAGGAGACUCCACAACCACCCUGCAUUAAAAAGGAAGAGGAGGAACUCUGCAUCACUCAGGAGGGAGAGUGUCUUCUAGGACGAGAGGAAGCUGAUUACACCAAGUUUCCACUGAGUAUUCUCUCUGUGAAGACUGAAGAUGAUGAAGAGAAACCACAAGUAGACAACCUCUUAGCUCCACUAUCAGAUAGUGAGGCUGAAGACGAGGUUGAAGUAACUUUGAGCAGCGAUACAGACUGUGAAGGUGAUAUGAGGACUCACACUGACAACCAGGACACUAAAUGCUCUAAAAAGAAGAGAGGUAAAGCGAGGUCGAUUUGCUCAAUUUGUGGCAAAAGUUUGACUAGAAAGAGCAUUUUGAUUCAACACAUGAGAACACACACAGGAGAAAAACCAUUUAUUUGCGCAGUUUGUGGAAAAAGCUUUGUUUUUAAGCAAGGUUUAACUCGACACAAAAGAACCCACACGGGUGAAAAACCAUUUAACUGUUCAGUUUGUGGUAAAAGGUUUUAUCUGAAGGCACAUUUGAAUCAACACAUUGGAACACACACAGGUGAAAAACCAUUUAACUGUUCAGUUUGUGGUAAAAGAUUUUCUCGAAACGGCUACUUGACCCAGCAUACAAGACUACACACAGGAGAGAAAUCCUUCAACUGUUCAGUUUGUGGCAAAAGCUUUUCUAUUAAGAGCUAUUUGACUCAACACAUGAGAACACACACGGAUGAUAAAAGGUUUAAUUGUUCAGUUUGUGGCAAAAGAUUUUCAAACAACAGUCAUUUGACUGAACAUGUAAGAUUACACACGGGUGAAAAACCAUUUAACUGUUCAAUUUGUGACAAAAGCUUUUCUAUUAAGAGAAAUUUGACUCAACACCUCAGAUCUCACACAGGAGAAAAACCAUUCAGUUGUUCAAUCUGCUGCAAAAAGUUCCAUCAUAAUACAGACGCAGUCCAACACUUAAAAACACACAAGGGAGAAUAGUUAAUCAGCUAUUUAAGCUGUAAUAUGUUGUUCAUAUGUGGAAACAUCCACCCAAACACAGGACCUUCUCAAGAUAAGUUCACUGCUUCUCUUGCAAAUAUUUGAGAUAUUUGUACAAAUUUGGUUCAUCGAGGGCAUGAAUUUAAAGGCCUACUGAAAGCCACUACUACCGACCACGCAGUCUGAUAGUUUAUAUAUCAAUGAUGAAAUCUUAACAUUGCAACACAUGCCAAUACGGCCGGGUUAACUUAUAAAGUGCAAUUUUAAAUUUCCCGCCACACUUCCGGUUGAAAACGUUUUAUUAUGCUGACGUAUGCGUGUGACGUCACGAGGGCAAGGGAAGUAUUCGGAGCCCGUAGAAAAAGCUCUGUUUUCAUUUCAUAAUUCCACAGUAUUCUGGACAUCUGUGUUGGUGAAUAUUUUGCAAUUUGUUUAAUGAACAAUGGAGGCUGCAUAGAAGAACGUUGUAGGUGGGAUCGGUGUAUUAGCGGCUGGCUGUAGCAACACAACAAGGACUACUUACCCUGAUAGCAGACGCCUAGCCGAUGCUAGCCGCCAAACCCACGGAUGAAGUCCUUCGUCGCGCCGUCGAUCGCUGGAACGCAGGUGAGCACGGGUGUUGAGGAGCAGAUGAGGGCUGGCUGGCGUAGGUGGAGCGCUAAUGUUUUUAUCAUAGCUCUGUGAGGUCCGGUUGCUAAGUUGCUAAGUUAGCCUUAGCGUCUUUAGCAACAGCAUUGUUAAGCUUUGCCAGGCUGAGAAUUAUUAACCGUGUAGUUACAUGUCCAUGGUUUAAUAGUAUUGUUGAUCUUCUGUCUAUCCUUCCAGUCAGGGAUUUAUGUAUUUUGUUUCUAUCUGCAUUUGAGAACGAUGCUAUCACGUUAGCUCAGUAGCUAAGUGUGUCACAGAUGUAUUGCCGUGGAGAUAAAAGUCACUGUGAAUGUCCAUUUUGCGUGCUCGACUCUCAUUUUCAAGAGGAUAUAGUAUCCGAGGUGGUUUAAAAUACAAAUACGUGAUCCACAAUAGAAAAAGGAGAGAGUGUGGAAUCCAAUGAGCCAGCUUGUACCUAAGUUACGGUCAGAGCGAAAAAAGAUACGUCCUGCACUGCCUCUAGUUCUUAACUCUAACGUUCCUCAUCCACGAAUCUUUCAUCCUCGCUCAAAUUAAUGGGGUAAUCGUCGCUUUGUCGCUCCGAAUCUCACCAAGGAAAAUUGUGAGGAAUAUUACCUCCUGUGACGUCACGCUACUUCCGGUAUAGGCAAGGCUUUUUUUUAUCAGCGACCAAAAGUUGUGAACUUUAUCGUCGUUGUUCUCUACUAAAUCCUUUCAGCAAAAAUAUGGCAAUAUCGCGAAAUGAUCAAGUAUGACACAUAGAAUGGAUCUGCUAUCCCCGUUUAAAUUUAAAAAAUCAUUUCAGUAGGCCUUUAAGCUGUAAUAUGUUGUUCAUAUGUGGAAACAUCCACCCAAACACAGGACCUUCUCAAGAUAAGUUCACUGCUUCUCUUGCAAAUAUUUUAGAUAUUUGUACAAAUUUGGUUCAUCGAGGGCAUGAAUUUAACUCUACAUGACCUCAUGUCUUCUGUGUAUCUGAAACUUUCCUGAAUAGUAAGAUAGAUGAUGCUUACAGUGCUUGGUUACUUCUUCAGACGAGACACACCUGAUGAGUCUAGCUGGGGAGGAAUUGUAGUCUUCUUCAGUGAUGCUUUCGCCGCCUCCAGAAUGUCUGACUUUGAACACCAACAACAUGAAACUACACCUUCCAGUUCGCCUGGGGCCUCAUGUAUUAAGACUGGUGUGGAUUUUCUACCCAAAAAAACGUGUAUGCUUGAUUUCAGAAAAUGUCAAAUGCACCAAAUAUUCAUAUAUUUAAAAGUGUGUGCACGCAUUAAUCAAAGACCUCCAUUUAACGAGAAAAUGGACGCACAUGUUGGCGUGGCCUGCCCCUCCCUGUCAAUAACUCCAUUUAAAUGCACAAAUAAUAUUUCAAUUAGCCAUGUGCCUGAGAUCUCCCACUCUGCACAGUCAAAAAACACGAAGACAAUGAGUAAGAGGGUGAAAAUGAAGAAUUUCACCAAGUUGGAGGUGUUUCUUGCCGGACUGUAAAAAUGUUGUCAAUUCUACUUGUGUUGCAAGUUAGUGCAACUGUGCAUGAUGAUGCUGUAAUGACGAGAUAUAACAUUUGGGGUACACAUGUGCUCAAUGUGCAUCACAGAGAUGAAUAUUUGGACAAUGCCAUAAAUAAAUGUAGUCGCCAAGAAGCCAGCCAUCACACACAAUGCCAGCUUGUAGUCUGUUCCCAACCAUGCUGUUACUUACAAUGUAAGAAUCAUGUGUGGAACCAGGACACAUCACUACAAUGUUGUUCGUUGCAUUUGCACAUCACAUAUGAUCUGUCCAUUGAUCCUAUUAAAUAUGUUUCCUGUUGACAUUUACAUAUUCAUCAUGUGAUGGUGCUUUUAUAGCAAUGUGUAUGCAGUCAAUAGCUCUGAUUACAUUAGGAAAACAGCUGUUGCUUCAAAUUGUGCUUUAAUGUUGGCCUGUUGUAUGGUAAUUAAAUAUAUCUGGCUAACAUGCUGAUAUUUAA